AACCUCAAAGGAGAAGAAGAAUGGCGUUAGCGGCUAGCUGUUGUUAGCAGAGCUCCAGGACAACGCGGCCUGCAGAACCGGGGGAACCGUGAGUGGUUCUGACCGCUCUGAGGACCUUGUUGAGGAGCCGGUUGGAUCAGAACCAGUCGCUCCAAAAGAAGCAAAUGGUAAAACCAUAAAAGUUCGGCUGAAUCUGUAUCAGACCGAAGGUAAGCCCAUGGAGACCCUCAAUGAGACCCCCGCUGUGCUGCAGCCCCGUUGGAAGCGGGUCCUAGGCUGGACCGGCCCGGUUCCACGACCCCGGCACGGGCACCGGGCCGUGUCCAUCAAGGAGCUCAUGGUUGUGUUCGGAGGGGGAAACGAGGGAAUCGUGGAUGAGCUCCACGUCUAUAACACAGCCACCAACCAGUGGUUCAUCCCGGCGGUGCGCGGCGACAUCCCUCCUGGCUGCGCCGCCACGGCUUGCAGCGACGGACGCGGCCACACACUGGGUCAGAACCAGGACGGGGGUUGA